GGAUAAAACACGAGGAACCAGAAACCUGGAGAAUAAAACACGAGGAACAAGGAGGCCUGAUGAAAAUGAAAGAAGAAAGACAAGAUCUCAAUGAGGUGGAGGAGAAAUAUCAGGAUCAGAAAGAUUGUGAUGUCAAUGGAGAAAAAUCUUGCAGCAUUAAAAAACCAGAAGUCAAAAGGCCUUUUAGUUGCUCUCAGUGCAGAAAAACUUUCACAUGUAACAGAAAUCUUAAGGAUCACAUGUUAAUUCAUGCUGGAAUAAAGUCUUUCAGCUGCACUCGGUGUGGAAACACAUUCAGACAUAAAGCAACCCUUAAGAACCAUAUGUUAAUUCAUGCUGGAGUAAAGCCUUUCAGCUGCUCUCAGUGUGGAAAGAGUUUUACAAAGAAAGGACAACUUGAUUAUCAUUUGGUAACUCACACUCUAGAAAAGCCUUUCGUCUGCUCUCAAUGCGGAAAGACUUUUACAUGUAAGAGAAAUCUUAAGGAUCACAUGUUAAUUCAUGCUGGAAUAAAGUCUUUCAGCUGCACUCGGUGUGGAACCGCUUUCAGACAUAAAGCAAGCCUUGAGAACCACAUGUUAAUUCAUACUGGGAUCAAGCCUUUCAGCUGCUCUCAGUGUGGAAACACUUUCAGACGUAAAUCAAGCCUUGAGAACCACAUGUUGAUUCAUGCUGGAGUAAAGCCUUUCACCUGCACUCAGUGUGGUAAGAGUUUUACAGUGAAAGAACAACUUAAUUAUCAUUUGGGAACUCACACUCUAGAAAAGCCUUUCGUCUGCUCUCAGUGUGGAAAGAGUUUUACACACAAAGCAAGCCUUAAGAAUCACAUGUUAAUUCAUGCUGGAAUAAAGCCUUUCACCUGCACCCAGUGUGGUAAGAGUUUUACAAAGAAAGGACAACUUGAUUAUCAUUUGAUAACUCAUACUCUAGAAAAGCCUUUCGUCUGCUCUCAGUGUGGAAACACUUUCAGAUAUAAAGCAAGCCUUAAGAGGCACAUGUUAAUUCAUGCUGGAAUAAAGCCUUUCACCUGCACUCAGUGUGGAAAGAGUUUUACACAGAAAGGACACCUUGAUUAUCAUUUGGUAACUCACACUCUAGAAAAGCCUUUCGCCUGCUCUCAGUGCGGAAAGACUUUUACAUGUAAGAGAAAUCUUAAGAAUCACAUGUUAAUUCAUGCUGGAAUAAAGCCUUUCGCCUGCACUCAGUGUGGAAAGAGUUUUACACAGAAAGGACACCUUGAUUAUCAUUUGGUAUCUCACACUCUAGAAAAGCCUUUCAGCUGCUCUCAGUGCGCAAAGACUUUUACAUGUAAGAGAAAUCUUAAGGAUCACAUGUUAAUUCAUGCUGGAAUAAAGUCUUUCAGCUGCUCUCAGUGUGGAAAUACUUUCAGACAUAAAGCAAGUCUUAAGAGGCACAUGUUAAUUCAUACAGGGAUAAAGUCAGCUGCUCUCAGUUUGGAAAGACUGACACAGAAAGGACACUGCAAGGUUCCUUUGGUUACUAACUCUUCAUUAAAGCCUUGCACAGUUUUUCUGAAUGGCUGUUGAGUGUGGAAUCAUAGUCGUCUUCAUCCUCACAGCCGAUGAAAUCUGAUUGGACCCGGACAGAAAUCAUGUUCUUGGAUGAGCUAAUGAUUUAUUAACAUAAUAGAAUGAAGCAGGGUGAAGCUGAAAGCUGUCGAAGCGAAAUGAUGCCGCUGAACGAACUUGAUACAAGUACAGCUCGAAAGAAGCGGAGCUUUAUUAUGUCACAGUCGACCACGUCAGCUACUUGCAGUCAUCCGAAUGUGGAAUAAAGCAGUGCUGUUUUAUCAUACUAGAUACAUUUGAAAGUUCUGUUGUAAUGCUACUCUAGUCUAUUAAAACAUGCAACAUAUUAAAAUGUCAUAUGUUUUAUACAAAACGAAACCAAAAAUUAAGGGGUUAUGACGUCAUUGGCAGGUGACACGUUGACAUAAUAGACACGGUCCGAGUUACAAGUUAAAACUGUUUAUUUCUCUGGAUGUAAAAAUUCUCAGAAACAUUAAACACUAUUCUAGUGGUUUUUUGAUAUAUAUAUAUAUAUUUUUUAAAUUGACCACACAUUGAUGUGCAUGUUCUACUGAUCCUAUAUUGAGUUACUGUUAUAUUUUUCUCUGUUGUGCUGGUUAAAUUCUCUAAAUGUGAAAAAACAAGAAUUGUCUUUAGAGGAUUGUAAACCAGGGAAGUGAAAUAAUGGGGAGGAAGCAGGUAAUUAUAUCAUAGACAAGUUUUGGGGAAAGCCCAGAGCAUAUUGUUAGUUUCAUCAUCUCCCUUCUGGCAUUCGUUAUAGAAACCCUAUUAGAAAGACAAAUCAGUUAGACAUUAAUUUAUCCUCUUAGCUGUUAAAAUUUAAGGUAAGAUCUUAUUAGGAAUUAAAUGUUGUUUUAUUUUUAUGUAUGGUGUUUUUAUUGUUUAUUUGAAACAUUGGAUUGCUGCAACCAAAUUGCCUUUGGGAAAUCAAUAAAGAUGAACUGGACUGAACUUGCUAAGUAUCUUUUGCAUGUAAAUUAUACUUUAAGACAAAUGUAAAGAAGGUUAUCGUAUGCCCAUUUUCCACAAGUUGAUGUGACUCUUUAGGGUCU